AUGUCCACUCUUAAUAACGAAAACGAAUUUCGAGUGACUCGAUCUCGAACCAAGGGCUCCGACAACUCCAAUACUGCCCAAGAAUCUGUGGUAAAGUCCAACGAUGUGGUUGUUUCAUCUUCACGCCUGUAUUUGGGCGACGUCUCCCGACAGUUCGGAAUUGCUCGUCCAGCCGCUCUCCCAACCACCAGAAAACGGCCAUUGGGCGAGUCUGCAAAUGCUCGUUUAACCAAUAGUCGCCCCGAAGUCGCCAAGGCCAAGGAUGUGAGGCCAAAAACAGCUGCCCCAUUAGCACCUCUGCAACUAAUUCCUCACCGGUUACCUCAAAAGAGACAGGCCACUGAAUCCAGUACAAAUCUUGUGGAAAAGCUCCACCACGAGAGUGACGAAGAGUCAUCCACAAAGUUUAAAAAAUCCAAGCGUACCGACUACGAAUGGCAGGAUCUCGACGAAGAGGACUUCGAUGACCCGUUGAUGGUGAGCGAAUACGUCAAUGAGAUCUUCCCCUAUUUGCAUGAACUCGAGCAGAAAACCUUGCCAGAUCGUAACUACUUAUUCAACCAAACUCAGCUCAAGCCCAAAAUGAGAUCCAUAUUGGUCGACUGGCUUGUGGAAAUGCAUCAGCGGUUCAGACUCUUACCUGAGACUUUGUUCUUGGCCAUUAACAUCAUGGACAGGUUCAUGUCGGUGGAGGUGGUUCAGAUCGACAAACUUCAGCUUUUAGCUACUGGCUCUUUGUUCAUUGCUGCUAAGUAUGAGGAGGUUUUCUCACCAUCUGUCAAAAACUAUGCAUACUACACUGACGGUUCAUACACCGAGGACGAAAUCCUUCAAGCUGAGAAGUACAUCUUGACCAUCUUAAACUUCGACCUAGGCUAUCCAAACCCAAUGAACUUCUUGCGCCGAAUUUCUAAAGCUGACGAUUACGAUGUCCAGCUGAGAACCUUGGGCAAGUUCCUUUUGGAAAUCACCAUUGUCGACCACCGCUUUAUCGGCAUGCUUCCUUCCCUCUGUUCAGCAGCAGCUAUGUACAUCGCCCGUCUAGUAUUGGGCAAAGAUCCAGUGUGGAACGGUAACUUGAUCCACUAUUCUGGUGGCUACCGUGUCGACGACAUGAAAGAGUGCAUUGAGCUCAUAGUCCAGUACCUUGUUUCUCCUGUGGAGCAUGACGAGUUCUUUAAGAAAUACGCCACGCGUAAGUUCAUGAAAGCAAGUAUCAUCUGCCGAAGCUGGGCCAAGAACUUCGUCAACGACAGAAAAGAUUUGUUUGACGAACGGCUCUUGACAGAGAAGAUCAAUAAGUGA